GCAGAUUUUUGAACAAAUUCGAAUACGAUGACGUCCAAAUCUCGCACUGCGCAAGAAGAUCUCGCUGAACUGGAAAAGCAGCGUGCGCCAUUCGACCAACAACUUGGGGAGGCUGCGAAGUUUGUUGGAGUUGAUUUGGCCACGAUUGGCAGAUGUACACAAGGUGUUAUUAAAGGGGGAGAGAAGCUAAGAAUAGCUAUAUACCAUGGGAGGGAAGAGUGGUUGUUGAAGUGGCUGCUGAAGAGGUUGCACGCAUCUGCAGAUGUUAAACCAAGAAAUACACCGUCAUCAUGGCGGUUAUUAUGCUAUCUUCUGAAGGUUCUUCCUCUGUCCACCGGAGCCCGAGCCCUCAUCGAAAAGAAGUUCAUGUCGAUUCUAAAACAGACAUUGGAGGAAGUACGGACGUCACCCAGAGAAGUAGAUAUGUUGGAUGCUGUGUCAGCAUCUGGCUCGGGUUCUGAAGAGGAAAAAAAGCAACGGAAACCUUCCAAGAAGCGAAAGCAUACAGGGGAGCUGGUCGGGAGUUCCAGCUGCCAAAACGACGACUUACCGGACUUGAUCGGUGCCAUAUCUUCAGUCAUGGAUGUCAUAAUAGCAUCUACCAAGUCAACCGCGAGUACUUCUGAGGAAGGAACAAAUUCGUCAUUUUCAGCAGAGUAUAUGAAGACUGUAAUCAGAACAGCUGCGGAGGAGGCAGCAGUAGUUCUGGGAUCGUGGAUUUCUCUGUGCCAGAGUGCCCUCGAAAUUGGGGACCCGGACACAGAGAAUUUACAAAGCUGGAUUGCACCAUUUAUCGAGAUAUGGAACAGCCAUACAGCAGAGGCAGAAGAAACUUCACUGAUACUGUUUUCUCGACAUUGCACUCCGCCGAUUCUAUCUCUGCUCCGUGCAGUGAAAGAUCGCAAAUUCUCAAAAUUUGACUGGGCACCACAAUUGGAGCAACUUAUUUCUCGGAAUAUAAUGAACCCAGCGAAGGCAGCAAAAUGGGUAAACCCAGAUUCCGACCUCUUGUCCAGGUUGACGAAACUCUCUGUUCUCCAGGAUACGGCCAAUACUUCUCAACUCUUUGAAGUUGCAAUUCGGUCAAUUCAACCUCAUGGAUCUCGGCGACGACGACCAAAUGAUGACACGUGGCUCCAGACAGUUUUCAAGGCACUGAAAGAUGCAAUGCCAGCACAAAAUGCUGCAAGCAAUAGGAAGGCUAUUGGUGCUUUGCUUCAGUGUGCUAUAGAUCACAAACUCGGUCUUGAUCUCGCGGACUUGCAAAUUAUGACCUCGGAAUACGCCCUGCCUGAAGGACGAGAUAGUUGGGAUCUCUUGGCAACAAUCAUAAAGCUCGAUGCAAAUGUGUUCCUCAUCCCCAACGAGGAGCGAGACUUACUCAAGGAACUUCUCGAUAGGAUUACCAAAACCUCGAUCGAGGAUUCAUGGACUCUGCUCUCUGAUCAAGUUGUUUCAGAAGUUCUGGUUCCUCUCAUGGGCGAUUUCGCUAAAGCUCGAGAUCUGCCUGGCUUUCUUCGGCAUUGGCUUGCACAACUUAUUGAGUUUGACAGGCUUCGAAAAGAGGCUAGGCGCUUCGAUAUGGGCUUCGGUGCUUGGGAAGACGAUGCCCUUCAAUCACAGCUUAGCAAGUUAUUGGAACCAUCUCUGACUCUUCAGCAAAUCACUCAAAUCCUCGACUGGCUUUUGUUUGAGGUCACUGAGCAUCCUGAUGCAGUGUGCAUCCUCCUCGAAGCUAUUGCCGGAUCCAUUCAUCACGAGGAGGUAGUUGAUACUAUAGGACUACGACUUUAUCGUAUUAUGUUUGAUAAUGGCGUCUCUGACAAGUUGGAUGACAGGUACAAAUGGCGGUCCUGGAGGAUUCUUUCUAGAUCAUUAGAUUGGCUGAUGACUCCUGAUGUUAGCGAGCUCGCCAAAUUAUGGGGACAGGUUCCAAGAGUCAAGCCGUUCAAGUCUUUGUUAAGCAAAGGUCUUUCUAACGUUAUUGGAAAUGCGUCUCCACUGGAGAAACUCGAAGUUGUACGAUUUCUUUGCGCCGCGUGGAAUUCCGCGGGAAAAGACAGCCCGAUGGAAGCCUCGUGCAAGCCAUUCGCACUCAACGUUCUUCGGCAACUGGCCCAAGAGAUGAAAUGGAGAACUGGAGAACUCAAAGGAGGGGAAGAUCUGGGCAGUGAGGUUUGCGGCUCGACCCACAAUGCAUUAGAACCAGGAUUAGGAUGGACAACCUGGUCAUUGGCUAAAUCUGUGUUUGUUGACUACCCGAAGAUACUCGAGCUUGGGCUUGAACUAGACCGCAAAUUAUUCAAGGAUAUGUUGCAAAAUGUUUUCUGGAUAGCUUCUGCCAGCAUUCCAGAAAACUCGGUUGCCUCGAUUGAUUGGUUGCGACUGAAUCCUAAAGCGUAUCCUGACUUAUGGAUGACUAUUUUGCACAGCGAGAACGUACUCAACAGUGAACCACUUAUCGAAAUAUUGAUCGACACCAUGUUGCAAAACCAGACCAACAUAAGCAACCCGAUUAUCAGAUCGUCCGGCACCAAUGCCUUCGCAGUCAAGUCCCUACUCCAGGUGCCCGUUUCACUCGUUCAGAACAAGAAGACAAGGGAGAGGAUUUUCAGAAGCUGGCUUCCAACCGGAGACUCUGCAGCGGAUGACUCCCAAGGACUGUCAUAUAAAUCAACCGCCCUAGAUCCUGCUGUUCUCAGUCUGAAGAUUAAGUUUAUGCAACGCCCUGUGCUCUAUGAAGGAAUGAACUUCAAGGAGCUUGUGCAUCUUGCAGAUACUUUGGCACACGCCGAGAUUCCUCGUCGACAAGUUAAUCUUGCUUUGCUCAAAGAAGUGACAAGACUGACUUUUGUCUUCGUCCAUACGAACAUCGAUCAGCCUCCUCAAAAAGCAUACAUCUCCGACGCUUUUAAGCAGAUUCGAAAGAAGGUAGAGAAGGCCAGCGAGAAGAAUAAGUAUAGACUCAACUAUGCCUUGAUCAUGAUAUUCGGAGCAGCUUUCUCUAUCCUCCAGACCAAAGCAACUGCACUAGAUGACCUGAAUGUUAUAACCAAGGACGACCUGGACAGCAUUACGGGCACUUUUAAAUCUGGACUUCUACAGCAGUUGAAAGAGUUUCUCCACAGAACCCGCAAAGAGAAGUCGACCAAACGCCAGACCAGUCAGCUUACCGAACACUUGACAAUUCUGAGCAUCAUGGAUGCUCUCGGUGCCUUGGGAGUUGACCCAUCGAAAGUGGCGGAGCUCGGGGAUGACACCAAAGCAUUUUGUUCCCGGGUUCAGGAUACCGAAUUGCAUAUUGGAAAGCGACUUGAGACAUUUUUAGCUGUUCAUGGAUCAAAUAUUAUCGAAGAAGAGCUCCUUGAGGGUGAUGUCUCGACCGUAAAUGGCAGGCAGUCAAUCACGCAGAAGGUAUUAGCAUCGAUGAACAGCAAAGAUAAAUUAGACAAGCUCAAGCUACUUGACUCGAUCUUCGGACUAGGGUUAGUCGGGUUGAGUCGACUUGACAAACUACUUGCGGCUAGGCAAGUCAUCAUAUCAAUGGAAGAUACCCGCAAAGCAGCGGAAGAGGAAGAAAACGAAGAUAAUAAGAAAGAGGACGGAGUCGGUCUUGACUUAUCAGAAGCGUACUCCAUUCUCUGCAGUACUCUCUGGAAAGCGUCUGGCGUCCGGCAGUUCUGCGUCAUUAGCGAGACUCUUGAGCUGAUGUUAAAAACCAAGGGCCGUUCCCUGACACAAUUCAACAUCGACACAACCCUCGGCAGCAUAACCAUCCUCUGUUCCCGGAACAGCCCACCCCUCCGCGCAACACGCUCUGGAACAAUCUAUCUCCACCUAUGCCGCCUCCUCCAAUCCGUACUCACACACCACCGUCUAAAACUGCAAGGCCACUUCCACCUCGUAGUCCAAGUAAUUCAAUCACUGCUCCGGCUCCUAUUUACACCCCUCCCACACAGCACAUCCAAUGCUCUAAAGCACUUUGGCUCUCCACCAUCUUGGCUAUCUUCCCCAAAACACCAACUUAAUGGCAAGCACGCCGCUGCUUUUGCUCGCUUGGUAACGCUCAUCUGCGACCCUUCAGUUUCUUCCGUACGAGGAUCACAGCACAAUAACUUAACAUCAGCAACCGACAAGGCGAAGAGAAUGGCAGGACAACAUAUGCAGUUCGUGCUCACGAUAUACAUCAAGCUACAACUGGAGAUGAGAAUGUUGCCUGAGAUCAGAGAGAAAAUGGUCCCAGGCUUGUACGCGAUUUUUGAUACCACAACGCCGGAGUUGAGGAGGGCUAUUAAUGAUGCGUUGGAUGCGAGCGGACGGGCUGUGUUUGCAACGCUUUAUAGGGAUUAUGCUAGGUUUGGGAAGUGGAAGGGGAAUUAGUGCCUUCUGUCAACUGUCAUUUCCUUCAUUAUACCGCAAACCCGAGGAACAUCCACCAUUGCCAUCUGAGAAGCUUCUCGCUCCUUCCAUUUUACCCGUCCUUUCAGAACACUCAUCACUGCUUCCUGAGAAGUCUACUGCUUCGAAUGUCCCAUGGAGGAACAUCCAUCUUCAUAUCAUAUAAUGGUUGUCACCAUUGAAGAAAGGGAGUUUGUGUAUAAUGGGGACGAAAAACGCUGGAAACCUCGCUUGCAUGUCUGGUUCAAAGGCAGAAACCGAUCGGCAGCUCUCUCUACCAGGAUUCUACCGUAGGAAGUUGCCCCGAUAGCAUCGAAGAGAAAGUUAUAACGAUGAGAUAAAGCUAUGCUACCGUUCC